CUUGCGGUUGACAUUCCAAAAGAACGUAUAAAUAAGGGCUGUGCUUGUGGCUGUGCCUGAUAAUGUGUUGCAAGACGGUUUUCACCUCCCGUACUUUUCAAGAAUUAAGCUUCGCGCAGUGGUAACCACCUCUACACUCUUAUACAGAGAGAAAUUAACUCGAGAACACAAAUCGGUAUGAACUACAAAAAUCUCAAUCUAAACAAAACUCAUAUGAAAGUAUACAUAUUUGCAUGACAUUGCCUUUAUUUAUUUUACUAGGGCCAUGAAAUCAGUUAUUCUAUACACGUUACUCGUUGCAUUUUUAAUGGCAACGCAAGUUCAGGCAUUUUCUUGGGACAAAUGGGCAAAGGGAAGGAACUGGGGAAGAAGCCCAAAUGUAAACUAUCCGGCCACAGGAAUCAAAGAUGAUUAUAAAAAGUGGAAACAAGCGAAAGGUAAGAUAGCAUAACCUGACAACCAUUUUCCGUUUAUAAACCGCAUUGUAGUGUACAGGUAUAUUUGUAAACACUCUUUUUAGGCCACCACCAGCUAGUAGCAAGAUUCCCGUUUCUGAUCAACUUUGAUUUGAUUGAGUGAAGGACGAAAGUUAAAGUGCAUAAGAAUUGCGCGAUUGUUUUAUGUUCAUUGAGCUUUAAUUAUUCAUUGAAGAGUAUCCAUCAACGUAUACACAGUGGCGUAGCGCUCAUUGGUUAGGGUUAGUUCAAAAACUAAGGGCCCCCAACAGUUAGGGGCCCCCAUCAGCCACAGAGUCUAUCGCCCAGAAAAUUGGAAAACGUAAAAAAUGCAGGUGAAGAAUCAAUGGGAAAAUGCGAAAUUAAUAUAGUGCUACAUAAUAAAGCCUCCAUCGACGACGGUAGCUGAUUUUUUAUGCCAUCUCAAAUUAAACAAAAGUUAUUCAUAAAAGUUGUUACAUAUGUUGUUAUUGUUAUUGUUACUGUUAUUGUUAUUGUUAUUGUUAUAGACACGGAAUUUUCCAGAACAUUCUAUAAAUAUUCAAUAUAAAUAUAAUAUCUCAGUCAAACAAUGACAACAGGGGCCCCCACACAGAAUAUGCAUGCCUAUAAGGGCCCCCUCUUCCUCCGUUACGCCACUGCGUAUACACUGAUAAAUAGAGAAAAUACAGGACCAAGAGCUGGGCCUUGUGGGAGAACAAUACUCAGCCUCAGGUCGAGAAUGGAAGAGGAAGGGCCAUUAAUGUGUUCAAACUGACUUCGAGAAUCGUGAUGAUAUGGCGAAUCGUUUUGGAAUUGCAUGGUGGAACUGUUCUAUACAAUAGCAUUGCUAAUGGAUCAAAUGCAGCAGACAAAUCAAGUAAAACAAAGAUGACGGAUUCCUUCUUAUCCAAAAUGUCAUUCUGCUGCCUCAAUAAAGUUUUCUCCAUACUAUGGAAUGCCUUGUACGCUGAUUGGAAAACGUGCAAAAUCGUUUUCAACAAUUGGCAUUAGCUAAGUUGAACAAACACUGUUUUUUCUGAUCGGCUUCUAAAAAACGUGCAUGGGAUUGGAAACAGGACGGAAAUUGAUCCAUGGCAAUUGAAGGUGCAUCAAGAAGACUUUUUCCUUGCACUAUUUCAACCUGACAUUUUUGUAUCUUAUAGUAAAAUCGUGUAAGAGUGCAAGGCUUUGUUCAUCAGCUGCUGCUUUUAGAUAUCUUUGAUCUAUGUUUUUCUGUUUCUCUACAUGUCACUUAUUUAAUUAUAAUAUACUUGCUUAGAUUCAUAGAUCAGAUUGUUGACCGCUUGAUACUGAUUCACGAAAGAUGUCCUAUCGAUCAAAAGUUUAUACACCGCCACUCCCACUCGCAAUAAACAGAAAUAUGGAGUUUUUGUCUGUCGAGGUUGUGCCGCGGUAUCGCGCAUUCAUUAUUGUCGAGUUUUAAUUAAUCUCCGUUGCAGGCUUAAGAGUUAAGAAUUUAUGAUCAUUGUGGAGUUUUAAUUAAUCUCCGUUGCAGGCUUAAGAGUUACGACUUUAUGAUCUUCAAUUUAUACACCGUCAUAUCAGUGCUUGUUCCAACAAAGCAAACAACUUAUUAUUUAUAGCAAAGCAAAUUAAUUAGACAUAUGACUUAUUAGUAUAAUUAUUUUAAUUAUUUUCAGAAAAUAUUUUUCAUGGACGAGAAGACAGAACUGGUCGACUAAAAAGAAGCUUACUUCGAAGAAUCACAAAGGGCGAACAUGUGAUGAUGUAAUCAUAGAUCAUGCCUCACUUCUUGUCUUGUGAAAUUAUUUUAUUGUAAAGUAAUGAAAAACAUAAUGUUAAUUUGAUGCUAAAUAAAUAUAUAUUGUUCGAUUGCUG